UACUUUCACCUGUUCUUGCUUCACCUGUGGCUCGUUAGCUCCAACAUUUAGCUGCUGUCUUUGGCUCUCACAGACAAACCGUUUUAUUUUAUUUUUUAAAAUUGUUCCUGGUUUUUCUCUUUCUACUCUGAGGAGCACGAACGGCUCGGCUCCUUCUUCCUCCUGUGGCUGGUGUUGUUGUGUCUCGGUGGUGGAUUUUCAGGAAGUGAUGGGGCGGAAAGGCAGGAAAAGCCACCGCCACAGGCUUGACUUUGACUGAUAUAUCAGAAUCUUAGACUUCAGAGGAGAGGAUUUUCUGUUUGCGUCUCAGUGAAGGGUUUUCUCUUUUUUUAGAGAAGUCAAAAAAAGAAUAGCAGAGAACAAGAAGAGGAAGAAGAGGAGAAGGAGGAGGAUUUGAAGACAUGGACUUCCUAGGAGAAAAUCAAACUGAACCAUCUUCAACGUUGAAUAAGCCUGGAGACAGCUGCCUGUUUGUGUGGUCUGAUCAGUGUGUCAUUGUGUGUCCCCUCUCCCUCUCCCUCCUCCCACCAGUCACCCCAGAGGCCAUCGGCUUCCUGUCGGCCGUCGGCGUCUUCAUCGUGGCGUUGGCCGUCCUCUUCCUCUUCAUCAACAAGAAGUUCUGCUUCUCUCGUGUGGGUGGACUUCCCUGUCUGGAGGAACAUGGACGGAGGAGACGAGGAAAGCCCGGGAUACGACAGGGACUUGUGAACAGCUAUGGUGCCACUGAUGAGGACGAGGACGACCUGACUUCCUCCGACAGCGGCGAUGAAGUCCUGAAACAGUUUGAGAUCUCUGUGUCGCGUUCUCAGAGUUUUCGCUGUGCGACGCCCGCAGCAGCUCCAGCAGCAGUGGGUGAGGAUGAGCAGAGGUCCCAGAAGGCUCAGCACUCAUUGGGUCGACGCCACAAGUUCACUCGACUGUCGGAGCAGGAGGAGGGCAGCACUGAGCCGUCGGACUGUGAAGAGAUGGAGGCGCCAAGACAACAGAGUUUUAAGGAUCCGCUCACUGCAGCACUGGAAGAAAGUGAGAGGGCGCCCUCUAGCAUCUCCCGAGACCAACCCUCGGUGGUGUCAGUGGCCUCUGUGGUGUCAGAAACGUCCAGUGUGGUCAGGGACAGUCCCACGCUGAGUAUGAGACGACAGGCCGCGGACGGCAGUGAAGACACGGAACAUGCUGCGGGGGAUCAUGAGCAAAAUAACCCUGCGACCGAUAGCUCCUCCACAUGGAGCCCUGAGGAACAACCUCCACAGGAUUUGGUCUCAUCUCAGCCGGUCGCCUCCUCCCUUCCAUCCCCAAUCUCCAGAUGUGGAGACCUGGUGGUCACUCUGGAGUACCGUCUCCACACGGAGAAGCUGUUGGUGACCGUGAUCGAGGCCAAGAACGUUCCGGACAAGGCUCGCAGCGGGAUGGACUCCUGGCAGAUCCACAUGGUCCUGCUUCCUGCCAAAAAGCAGAGGCACAAGACGACAGUGCAGAAAGGCUCUCAGCCACACUUCAAUGAAACCUUCAGAUUCUCACGCCUGGAACCUUCUGACCUGUCCGUGUCGGCCAUCAGGUUCAGACUGUACGCUCUGGGAGGCAGGAUGUCUAGGGAGAGGAUGAUGGGGGAGAAGGUUCUGCGUUUAGGAGAUGUGGCAGCUGAAGGAGGGCAGAUGAAGACGUCACUUAUUCUGGAGCCUCGCAGUAACUUGAAGAGCAUGGGGUCUGUGUUGAGUUUGUCUGCCGUGUCUCAGACCGACAGCAUCACUUCCACCAGGUCACUGGCACAUGGUGGCGCUCCUGAGCUGCUCAUAGGUCUGUCCUACAAUGCCACCACAGGACGGAUGUCUGUGGAGCUCAUUAAAGGAAGUCACUUCAGGAACCUGGCCAUCGCUAGACCACCAGACACCUACGCCCGGCUGACCCUGCUGAACUCCGUGGGUCAGGAAAUCUCUCGGUGUAAGACGUCAGUGCGACGGGGUCAACCCAACCCGGUCUACAAAGAGACCUUCAUCUUCCAGGUGGCGCUGUUCCAGCUGUCUGACGUCACUCUGCUCACCUCCAUCUACAACCGACGCAGCAUGAAGCGUAAGGAGAUGGUGGGCUGGUUUGCUCUGGGCCAGAACAGCAGCGGUGAGGAGGAGCAGCUGCACUGGCAGGACAUGAAGGAGAGCGGAGGUCAGCAGGUCUGCCGCUGGCACGUCCUCCUCGAGGCGUGACGCCCCCUGAUGGAAAGGGUUACUAUUUAUUUUUAUGUUUGUAUGAAGUUUGUUCUUCAGUUAGAACUUUUAUAAAGACUUACAAAAAACAGAAAAAAAAACAUUCUGGAUUUCCCAAGGAAGACGCAUGAAGUUUUAAAGAAAUUGAUCUGGCAAAAAAAAUUGUCUCAUCCAUGCAAACCAAUAUGGGAAAAACUUUGGGAACAAGUCUUUCUGGUCCAAGAGGCUAAUGGAUGUUCGUGAUCGUUCGUUUGGACAGAUCUUUUACAGAAAUUCCAAGUUUUCUGUUGCUUGCUCUUUUUGGAAUGAAUGUCCAGGAGAGUUGUCAAUCCUCUGGAGGUGUGAGCUUAAAUCGUGGAUUUUCCUGUUCGGACAGACAGGUGGCGUUAUUGAUUAUGUGAUUGAUAAAUAUUCCUUUAAUGACAACAUAAAUGCAUUUUUUUUCUUCUAAAGAUUUUCAAGAUUACUGUUAACAAGGUAAAGCUGUAGAAAUGAUCAGAACAUCCAUCAGCCUGAAGGAUCAUUUGGCCUGUGUGACCUUGUCAACAUAAGGGCAAAGGUCAUCUCCAGAUAAAUCAACACUAAGGUUCACGUCCAGAUAAUCAUGACACGUAGCCACAGAUAUGGCUGACAUUUCUAAAACCCUGCUGUGCUUUGCCUGGCUCUCAAAUCAUGUAUGGAUCAUUGAGAAGGAGGACAAACGUUUGGACUCCUCAAAUUAAAAACAUAGUUCAAUAGGUGCAACUCCACUCUAGGAAAAUGACUGUUAAAAACUAUAGUAUUUUGCUAAAUGACAACUGUGUGAUGACAUCUAAAAAAAAAUAAAAAUGGAAAAUGUCGUUUGCUUCUCGCUACAUGUUAGCAUGGCCUCGCUGCCUCGUUGUAUCACCUGAUGUUUUGGCCUUACAGAAAUAGAAUCAAGAGAAACGAUGUAAACUGAUGACAAACAUAAGGGCUGCUGAAGCACUGACGAUACAAACCAAACGAUCGAUGGACACUGUCGUCCAGUUUACUAUGCCAUGUCAGCUAAACAGCUGCAUGUCCUGAUGCACAAAAUAUUCAGACGACACAAACCUGACAAAUCAAGUUAAAGUUGGUCGUUUCAGUAUCACCGCUGUUUUUGGUUGACCUUCCAGGACCUUUUGCUGCACAUUACAGAUUUGAGAUUUUAAUGUUUGCCAGUGCUGUCUGAAGGUACAGCGACCUGAUGAUUGAACCAACUGUAAACGGGUUGACAGUAAAGUCAGAAGACAACAGGAAGUAGAAUCAGACUACAAGACAAGAAAACAGCCUGUUACAAAAUGAAGUAUUUGGAAUACUACUACUAAUUAAAGGUGGAUCUGUUCCACAUAUUAUCUGGUCCAAAAAGAAAGAAAACCUUGAGAGACUUCCUUCACCGUGAUUCAGAGAGCAGCUGUAACGGAUCUCACAUUUAAACCAAACAUCAAUGUUUGGAUCCAUAUCCAGGCCUUUUGAUACAGACAAGUCAGGGAUGUGACAAAAAGACGAGGAGGAAGGAAAUUACCUCACACUCUAGAUGCAGUGGCGAGUGGGGUGGGGGCAAGGUGGGGGAUGAAGGGGGGACUCUCUGGGCUUGAUCCAUUGCUGCCUGCAAGUCUAGAUUAUAUUUAUUUUUUCUAAACAGUCAUAUAUUUCACAGAUUAAAAUCACAGAUCUGAGCGGAGCUUCCUGCACAGACUGAUGAGCUGGCUGCAUGUUGGCACCGCUGUAUAGAAACAAUGGAAAAAAUAAGUGUUGUAUAUUUUUGUGUAAAAAAAAAAAAGUUAAAUAUUUCCCAGAAUUCCUGUGGUAGUCACACACAUGCAUGUUUGCUCUCCUGCCUGUUGGCUGGAUUGGAGCUGCACCCAGCUGGAGUUCAGUAGAAGGCGGGAGUGGGUGGUGUUUGUGCUGCAGCUCUGAUGAAGUGCCUGAUCAAACAUAUCUAACUGGGAGAGAAGAUCUCCGUCUGCAUGAAGCCUCGUCGUCAGUAGUCGUAGUCGUUGGACGGUCAGUCUGUGAAGGUCAGGUCAGAGCAGGUUCAAGUCUCUGCUGCAGGUCGACAGGAGAGCCAAACAGAGGACGAGCCAAAUAUAUGAACUGAAACAUGAGUUUGUUUUUUACAACUCAUCCACACGAGCAGCUAACAUUAAAGGUUCAACAAAAAACAGAAAAAAAGUGUUUCCUUUAAAGAACAAUGAACAAUUGGAACAGCAAUGAAAAGGUUUGGUUUAAAAACACAGACUCAGAUUUUUAGCUAAUUUGUCUAAUUUUCCUUUGCUAACUUUACAGUUUUAUGCUAUAAACUUUCCAACUUUAGCCCUAUAUGUUGCUAAUGAAGGAUUUUUUUAUUGCUAACAAUUUGUUUUUCUUUUUGAUAGUUUGCCUGUUUAAUUUUAUUUAUUUGACAGUUUGUUCCUUUUCAAUGUUCAAGCUAACAUCAUGCUAACAGAAUGUACCAAGUUGUAUUCAAUUACCUUUAUAUGUUCGUUCUUUAUUAGCGUUACUAUUUUUGGCUAACUUGCUCACAUGCUUUUGUUGACUUGUUGACUAUACAUUUGUAUUUAGAAGUUGUAUUUCAGAGCCUCCUGUCCAUCUGUGGUAAAUCUGAGGACACUGAACCUGUCUCAGUCUCACAAACACACACACACACAAAGACUGAUGCCCCUCAGAUCUGGUCUGGUUCAUGCACGACCCCCAAGUCACUACCCUUAAAAACUGGAACCCCAAAAGUAGUUUUUGUACCAAAUUUCUGUUGCCAAUAAAAAAACUCCUCAGCAGAUCCUGCUGAGAGAAUCUCUGUCUGCCA